UUUAGUAAUUUGAAUAACUAGGGUUUUUCAUAUAACCACAAGGCCCCCGCCAUACUUUCGCCCCUCUUUCUCUGAAAUCCUAGCGACUGUGUCGAGGUUCAGACUCGCGAGGCGGAUAAGAGCUUGGGAUCUUUUAUCGGCAAAAAAAUGGGUAUUUCUCGUGAUUCAAUGCAUAAGAGGCGUGCCACUGGUGGCAAGAAGAAAGCUUGGAGGAAGAAGAGAAAGUAUGAGCUUGGAAGGCAGCCUGCAAACACAAAACUGUCUAGCAACAAGACAGUCAGGAGGAUCAGGGUCAGAGGUGGAAAUGUGAAGUGGCGUGCCUUGAGGCUUGACACAGGAAACUACUCUUGGGGUAGUGAGGCUGUUACUCGGAAGACCAGGAUUCUUGAUGUGGUAUACAAUGCAUCUAACAAUGAGUUGGUCCGAACUCAAACUUUGGUGAAGAGUGCCAUCGUUCAGGUUGAUGCUGCACCUUUCAAGCAGUGGUAUCUUCAGCACUAUGGAGUUGAUGUUGGUCGCAAGAAGAAAACUGCAGCUGUGAAGAAAGAGGGAGAGGAAGGUGAAGCCACUACUGAUGAAGUGAAGAAGAGUAAUCAUGUCAUGAGAAAGCUGGAGAAGAGACAGCAAACUCGCAAGCUUGACCCCCAUAUUGAAGAACAAUUUGGUGGUGGUCGUCUAUUAGCUUGCAUCUCAUCGCGACCUGGUCAAUGUGGACGUGCUGAUGGGUACAUCUUGGAGGGUAAAGAGCUGGAGUUCUACAUGAAGAAACUGCAGAGAAAGAAGGGCAAGGGAGCUGGUGCUGCUUGAAAUUUUGUGAUCUGACCCUCUAUUCAGUUCAGAUUUGUUUCUCCACCUAAUUAUUCCCCUUAUGUUUGGACAUUGAUUUUUUUUUUUUUAAAAAUGAGAUGAUUUGCUAAGUUUGUAGCACCAACUAGUUUUAUUGUUGAAUUCAUAGUUAGAAACCAAAUGAUGCUUUUGAUUUACGGGAUUACCUCAUCUAUAUAUUUUUUUUAUAUGUGGAGUUUGAUGGUAAUGGACAUCAACUUAUUCUGUUA